CCGAGGAGACCCGAGCCGAACCGAACCGAGCCGAGCCGUCAUGGGGGUGGAGAUCGAGACCAUCUCGCCGGGAGACGGACGGACAUUUCCGAAGAAGGGUCAGACGUGUGUGGUGCACUACACAGGGAUGCUACAGAAUGGGAAGAAGUUUGAUUCCUCCAGAGACCGAAACAAGCCCUUCCGGUUCAAGAUUGGCAGGCAAGAAGUCAUUAAAGGAUUCGAAGAAGGCAUCACACAGAUGAGCUUAGGCCAGAGGGCCAAGCUGACCUGCACGCCCGAGAUGGCCUACGGAGCCACAGGCCACCCUGGAGUCAUCCCUCCCAACGCCACCCUGCUCUUCGACGUGGAGCUCCUCAGGCUGGAGUGAGCGUCCGAGGGAGCCGCCCGCAGACGCCUGACCACAACCAUCC